AGAGAACUUAAAAAGAUAGAGGAAAACUCGUCCACCAGGUUCUCUUUCAUUCUACCAAGUAGAGCGAUUAGAGAGCUUCACUUAGUUCCAACAACAUAAAACACUGUUCCUUCUUCCUCAUCCCCAAUUCUCAUUUCACUUCCCUUCUCUUCUCUCCAACCACCACCACAACCACCACCAGGUAGCAGAAUUUUAUCAAGGGAAUUUAUAUUGAGUGGCAUAUUGUCUACCUGGGAAUAAAUUAGAUGGCAAUUGUACCUUUUGGUAGUACUCCAGCUACUCAAUGGGGGAUUCGUCCUCAGCUUCUUGUGAGAUCCACUGCCAUGGCCAAGAUUGCAUCAUCCACUCACAACGUCACAAGCAGGGUAAGCUUUAUGGCUGCUCGCAGUUCAAGCAUUUUUUCCCGGGAUUCCCUGCAUGCACUAUUUGAUGCCGGUUCAUCUCAAACUUUGCAUCGUCGCAGGGGUUCAAGGUUGAUAGUUAGAGCCGAUGCAGAUUUCUAUUCCACCCUUGGGGUAUCGAAAAAUGCUAGCAAAUCUGAAAUUAAGAGUGCUUAUCGGAAGCUUGCCCGGAAUUAUCACCCAGAUGUGAACAAAGAACCUGGUGCAGAACAAAAGUUUAAGGACAUUAGUAAUGCAUAUGAGGUCCUAUCAGAUGAUGAGAAACGGUCCAUAUACGACAGAUAUGGAGAGGCUGGGCUUAAAGGUCAAGGAAUGGGUAUGGGGGAUUUCACCAGUCCUUUUGACCUCUUUGAGACACUGUUUGAGGGCAUGAAUAGUGGUGGCAUGGGCGGUAGAGGUUCUUGGAAUGGGGCAGUUGAUGGUGAAGAUGAGUAUUACAGUCUACUAUUGAACUUCAAAGAAGCUGUUUUUGGAGUGGAGAAGGAGAUAGAGAUUAGGCGAUUAGAGAACUGCGGAACAUGCAAUGGUACAGGAGCUAAACCAGGGACCAAAUCAUCCAGGUGUAGCACUUGUGGUGGUCAGGGCCGGGUUGUGUCAUCAACAAGGACUCCAUUAGGUAUCUUUCAGCAGUCUAUGACCUGCUCUUCUUGCAAUGGGACUGGAGAAACUUCAACACCUUGCAGUACAUGUUCUGGAGACGGGCGAGUGAGGAGAACAAAGCGUAUAAGUCUCAAGGUCCCUGCUGGUGUGGAUUCCGGUAGCCGUUUAAGGGUCCGAAAUGAAGGCAAUGCCGGAAGGCGUGGCGGUUCUCCCGGUGACCUCUUUGUUGUUCUUGAAGUUAUUCCAGAUCCUGUGCUUAAACGAGAAGACAACAACAUUUUAUACACAUGUAAGGUGUCUUACAUUGAUGCUAUCUUGGGGACUACAAUUAAGGUUCCUACGGUAGACGGCAUGGUGGAUUUGAAAAUCCCAGCUGGUACUCAACCAAGCUCAACACUUGUUAUGGCUAAGAAAGGUGUUCCGGUGCUGAAUAAAAAGAAUAUGAGGGGCGAUCAAUUGGUCCGAGUGCAAGUUGAAAUCCCUAAAAGACUGAGCAGCGAUGAGAAGAAACUUAUUGAGGAACUUGCUGAUUUAAGCAAAGGCAAGGCUGCCACCAGUAGGAGAUAGUGUUUUUGUGGGAACCUAUAUGGGGCCAUGAAUAUUCUUUUCCUUUUAUGAUGCUUCAUUCUUGACCUUUAGAUUAUAAAACUGGGAAGGGUGAACUUGUGUUGGUAUAUGUAGGUUAUGACUCUGCAUAGACACAGACGGAUAUGGAGGGAAGAAGAAACUAUAGAUCUUUUUCAUGGGAAUGUGCUUUUUGUAACAUUAUUGCCUAUUGCUUUUUAGGGUUGGGUUGGGGGUUUUGAAGGAUUAUACUUCAUACAAUGCCAUCUUUAUUUUUUUA